GGUAUCAAGAGUGACAACAAGACUUCCAACCACCAACCAUUCAAACAGAAAUUUUCGUAAACAAACUAGACUCGACCUCCAGCCUGAACUGAUGUUUACAAGCACAACAUAGCCACGGACGAUCAAAGUAAAGUCAUACCAUGAUACUGAGGUGAGAUAAGGGGAAGUAAAAUCGACAACUAGGAUCUUGUAACUUUCGUAUCAACUGAUAUCCUCCCGUGCUUCCUGUGCAAGAUAUUUCGAACGGGCUCCCAUGCACACAGCGAGUCUUCCACGGGAUAGGCUGACUUGAGGAUGUAAACUGAGGAUUCAGGAAAUGUAUGUCGAUGACUUAGAGAUUCAAUGUUGUAGUGACUGGACUCUAACAAAGCCUAUCUCAGGAUGUUUCGAGAUUCAGCCAAUCAAAGCCUACUGACAUCUGCUGAUCAGACAAUAAGCUACACGAGAAUGACUAGUCAGUCAGGAGUUGAGAGCUUCUCAUGAUGCUUGGCCAAUAUAUUUAUUCAUUCAAAAGCAAAAGGACUUGUUCAUCAGGCAACCAGGAUUCAUGCAAAAGGAUUUAUUUAUCAAGCAAUCAGGAUUGUUCAUUAGGUAAUUAGGAUUCUUCAUUCAAAGGUAAAAGGAUUCUUCAUCAGGCAAUCAGGAUUCUUCACAGGCAAUCAGGAUUCUUCACAGGUAAUCAGGAUUCUUCACAGGCAAUCAGGAUUCUUCAUCAGGCAAUUAGGAAUAUUCUGUUCAUUGAGCAUUUCAUUGGCAAUUAGGAUACAUUCAUCAAGCAAUCUAGACUUUUCUUUAGUCUUGUAUUCAGGAUAGCUGAGCAUUUAACCUGCACACAAGGAGUACAGCAAUGUGGAUACUAUAGCAUGAUGCACACAUUCUCAGAACAAUCAGAACAUGGGGGAUAGAUAACAUUCGAGAAGGUGGGAAGGAUAUGCUGUUAUAAGAACUGAUGAAACCAAAUGCUCACUGCAGUGAGUAGCAUUCAUUUCGAUAUCAAACAAACAAACAUUCUUGUGGUAGCAUUCACUUGAACAACAUUCGAAAAGUUUUCGUGUCUACCGUGUUGAAGUCUCGCUGGAGCAGUGAGGUAUUAACCUUACUCUGAAAACAAAAUAACAUACAGGUAUACAUGAUCGUGAGAGAACUCUACCACCAAGGCUAGCGCUGGGAGAAAUAUUGACAUGAUUUUAUCACUGGAAAAUCCAUAAACGGCGGGAUAUUCUGGUGUUUGAACGAGAGACUGAUGACGUUUAUGAUUGGCAAGUCUAACAAAUAAUGAAGUGCUAUUAUCUCUCCUAUUACUGAAGGUACUCGAUAGCAGACUGUGGAACACUUUCGGUAUAAACAUUCGGAGGAAAGCUGCUUUGAAUUGACAAUAACGCAAAAUGAAGCUAAUCACGUCUUUCGCGAAGAUCUGCGUUUAUUUUGGCAUCGUCUGUGUGACCUGCUGCCUCAUAUGCAGUCAGGCCGAAAACUUGGAGGAUGACUCAAAUAUGAACAGUGGCGUCUCCUAUCAGGAUCUUCAAAGAACUAAUCAAGGGAGUAACUUCGGUGACAUUGUGCUGAAAGUCAUACAAAACUUACGACAAAAUCAAACAUUCUAUUCUUUGCUCAGGUUGAAGGGACUAAAUUCGAAACCUGCUCAACAACUUUUGAGGCAAUCUGAGGUCUUAAGACAGUAUGGCAGUUUGAGAGAAUAUGAUUCUGACAGAUCAAGAAGGUUACGCCGAUCUGUAGAAGAUGACAGUUUGCAAAAACUGGGUGAGAAAAAUGUUGCUUCAGCUGACUUUUUGGGGAAAGACACUAAGCUGGCCAAAGGGGAAGGCAGCGGUACUGAAACAGGGAGCAUGUCUGAAAUGUUAGCUGAGCAGGAGCCGGAAUCACAGAUCCCUACCCCAAGUGACAUGGGACAAACAACCAGUCCGAUCAAAUAUAAUACAGAAUCAGGUGCAAAAGAUCUGAAUGUCGACAAAGCAGGUGGUGAGGUAGAGGUCAAGUCAGAAUUAGUCAAGACAACAUCAGUGCCAGGUUUUGGAACGGUCACCUCGGACUCACAGCGAGGGUCCGCCAAACAGGAUAACCCAACCUUGAUGAUAUCGACGACACCUGCAAAUGUUUAUUCAACUCCUACUGCAGCCACCAGGGGGCAACAAUUAGGGCCAAAAACAACAUCAGAGCAGACGACGAUUGCUCCGAAGAUAGAGAAAACGGAAAUUAAAAAGUCUGAUGCGAACUUUGAUAAAAACGCUAAAGAGGAUAUCAGAAAAUAUAAUUACACUAAUUCAGGAACUGUGUUAAGUGGACCGACUUCGGUUACAGUGACGCAGUUGGAUUCGGAAGUUGGUACUACGGUAGUCAUCCAUGAAAAUAGACCAGGAACAGACGUAAAUAGGCCUACUAUGACUACUGUUAAAGCAGAGGAGCGCAUGCCUACUGAGGGUUCUGGGGAUCCUGUGUCCAUGGAUUCAAAUAUGAAAACAGAAUCGUUGGAACUGACAACACCGACUUCUGUAGAGACUCCAGUUCAGUCAGAAAGUACGGAUAUUUUAGCCACGAUUCCAAAUACGCCAAAAGCAGUGACCAAAUCUACAGUUCCAACAGGGACCAAUCCCGUGCAAACAACCACGCCUCCUAUUGUCAUUUUUGAUGCCAUUAUGAAUCCGACAGACACCAGUCCAACUGCUGCAGCUGCAACUAGCAGCCCUUCUGCAGCUGUCCCAACCGCUGUAACAAAAACUGGCGAACUCAGUCUUGUUACGAAGACAACACCACUCUCAAAUUCUACAGAUGUGCAAAGCACGGAACACACCAUGACGAAGCCAGCAGUAAAGGAGAUCGUAGUUAGAACUGAUCCUCCAGAUACUACAGAGAUAGUUGAACUGGUUCAGCCACGCGCGACCGAUCAAACCUUGCCAAAGGAAACUACAACAGCGGUCAUAACGAAAACGAUUCCCGAGGAUGGCCCUAUCUUGGCUAAUAGCAGUAAUGUCAUACAUCCUACUAAAACUGGUCCUGGUAUCUCAAUAGUAGCAACUAAAUCAGCAUCUGAGAAGCUGAACGAAGAGCCAAAAAGAACAGUCAGAACGACAUCUGACAUUAGGACAAGAACAAUUGCUUUAUCAGAGAUCGUGACUGACUCUAACUUUUUCCAGAGCUUAAACUACAUCCAUAUUACCACCAGUGUUUCAUCGCAGAGUCCAACUUUUGGGAUUAUCUCAACGUCAAACCCUAGUCGAACCUCAAGGACAAUAGGGUUUACAGCAACUUCUUCAGUCAGUCCCAUUGCCGUGAAAUCAUUAAUGCCUUCGAAAACAGGGGGCGCUACCGUGACUGAGCAUUUGAAUUCUGUCAUCAAAAGUUCUCAGUCAGGAUAUACUGCACCUACAAUGACCCAGCUUCUGGAAAGUUCUCUCAAGGAUCUGGAUUCAAUUGUCCCAACCACGCCAGGGACGCAAACACUGUCAUAUUCUGAAACACCGACAAUACGUGCAACAGAGGAAGAGAGUCCUGCAGUUCACGUGUCACCUGUGCAAACUUCUAAAGUCGUGGAAACAAGUCGCGUCGUGCCUUCAAGGAGGCUGAGCACAAUAACCAGUCCCACUCCAUUCGGAAUGACAACACCAUCAGGAAGUUCAUUGUCUACAACUGCCUGGGUUCCGGAUAUCGAAGCGACACGGUUAUUCGUGACAAGUUCAAGUAGGUCGUUGAGUGAUUUUGAAACGAUGCCAACACCGAUUCUUACUUCAAGCAGCGGCAGUGAUGGAAGUAUGACUCUUGGAAUAACCGAUGCAACACCAAGUGUCACUUCUAGAUCACAAACACCGCCUUUUAUAAUAUUUGAUGGUACUGUGAUUGAGACGGCUCAUUUCAAAAUAAAGUCAUCGAGACUUGAACCUUCAAACACUCUCACACCCACCGCAUCGUCAGAAAUAUUCGCAGAGUCUCUCUUCCUCCAACUGACGCCGUCUCAUCAGGAAACAUUGACAAGUACGCUGUCAAAUAGUGCUAACAUUGUGAGUCGUUUGCUAACAACAAGCACAGAAUCGCCUAUUUUACUCACAAAAACGUUGUCACCUUCAUUUACCAUACCAGCAAUAUCACCAUCAACAACUGUGAUCAUCGACCCACAGACAACGGACAGUUCGUUCUAUCAAUCAACUGAAAGUAGCAGAACUCUCAUUAUUCCAACAAGUCAUUCAGCGAGUGAGCCACUUUUGACACCUAUUUUUAGCCAAAGCGUUACUGCAUCAAGUGAAAUUAUAAACACUUACGCUGAACCUCUCGUUCCAUCAACUCCAAUUUUCACAAAUUAUCUCAGCCAAACUACUGCUAAUUUAGAGACAAGUUCGUCAAGUGUGCUGAAAUCAGUGAUCAGUGCUACUCCGAGUUUUAGUGCAUCUGAUAUUGAGACUACGCCACUAACCAGUCAAAUGGCCGGGACGAGUUUUAAAUCCUCUUCAACGAUUCAAGGGACGAUGUUGGAUAUUAGUCCAACAAGGACAAUGUCUCCGAGUUCUGGUGUCAUAAGAAGUUCUGUUCAAAGUGUCUCGCCGACUCUUUCGCAGACUGUUACUGUUUCUCCAACAGUGCUGCUACCUACAGAAUCGAGUGGUACUAGCACUGAACCGAGUACAGCAUCAGUGACAGUGCUGCCACCUACAGAAUCGAGUGGUACUAGCACUGAACCGAGUACAGCAUCAGUGACAGUGCCGCCACCUACAGAAUCGAGUGGUACUAGCAUUGAACCGAGUACAGCAUCAGUGACAGUGCUGCCACCUACAGAAUCGAGUGGUACUAGCACUGAACCGAGUACAGCAUCAGUGACAGUGCUUCCACCUACAGAAUCGAGUGGUACUAGCAUUGAACCGAGUACAGCAUCAGUGACAGUGCUGCUACCUACAGAAUCAAGUGGUACUAGCACUGAACCGAGUACAGCAUCAGUGACAGUGCCGCCACCUACAGAAUCGACUGGUACUAGCAAUGAACCGAGUACAGCAUCAGUCACAGUGGUCACACCUGCUGUCACAAAUAGUACCACAAGUUCACCGAGUACGUCAGAGUCUCUGCUCAGCAAGAGCACCACAAAAACUUCCACUACAGUGUCUCCACCUAGCAGUGCAACUGAAACUACUGAGUCUCUGACAACGGAGAGUUCAACAACAGUGGUGCCACCUAGCAGCAGCGCUAAAACUACUCAGACGCCACCACCAAGAAGUUCAAAUACGGUGCCUGGUGGUAAAACAACAAAAGUUACGACACAAAAUACAGUGACAGUCAUAGUAAACACUACGGACAUUUCAAAGCCGAGAAAUGAAACUUUAGCCAAAGCCAGUAUGUCAACUACCACCAUUGUUGGCAUAGCUGUCGGCUCCAUCAUGGGCUUUUGGAUAAUUCUUGGCCCGAUUGUGUGUUUUCUGUGCCGCAUGAAAGACAAGGCCAAAGAUCGGCGAAAUCGGCCAUAUGAUGUUGAUGAUCCUGAGGAAGGUGACUUCUUUUUACGCGAUUAUGUCGCAACACAUUUGGCCCGUAGCCGGCCGACAAACUUUCAAAAUCAACAAAGUGAUCGUUAUAGCAUGGACGUUUUUACUCAUAUAGAAAAUGGCGUCAUGAAAACGGAACUCUGACGAAUAUCAAAUAUUGUUAGGAUUUAUAAAUUAUUGUGUUAAAUGUGUUGAAGGGGUGUGUUCUGAGAUGACUGUCACGUGGAUCAACUUGAAAAGUCUCAGGUGCCGUCUCUAUAGGGUCAUUCCAUCGCUACUUUGAAAAGUAAGCGAAUUAUAAUGGCAUCUUUCCAAAAACUGUCAGAGAUUGGCGGCAAUGAACCUGGUUGGAUUGCAACAGCAAACAUUCAAAAUCGACUGACACCCAGUUUCAGUAUUUCAGCAACAUAAGCAGUAUACGGUAAUCAACCGGACAUUUUUUCAGUAUGUCGUUAAACAACACUCGAUUUGACCCAAUUAUACUGCCUAUGACACUUUAGAGUUUUCACAAAAUAACGCCAGCCGAAAGUUUUUUAAUAAUUGUCGCUGAUCGUUCAUUCAUUUUUCAAUUCAUUCAUCAUCAUGACUCGGCCCGACUUAAAGUGGUCUUUGCCCGUUACAAAAAUAUUCCACCAUUGCUGCCCAAAUGUUUUAGUUAAUGCUCUACAGUUCAUUUUCCUACUUCUUAAGUUCAUGUUUGACAGAGCAGUCGCAGAAAGCCACUGGCAAAAAUGUCAGUUUCAGCAACUUGGUCGGGUCUUCUUCCAGUAACAAGAUGGCACCACCAUCGAAAGCCAAACUCGCAGCAGCUGAUCGCAUUGGUUUAUGAUCACACCAAAUAGGUUUAAAGCUGCUGAAACUGCCUCAAUCAUGUCUGAUAUUCUUUUUCUCAAAGUCCACUUAUGUUUAGCUCUGGUUCUCAUGGAGUAAAUAGUACAGUCAUAAAACCUAAACCUGUUCAUGUAAAUAAAUUUCUUAAUAUUUUGUAAAAUCAUUGUCUUUUUAUCCUUAUUCAUCAGUUUAACCCUUA